AGCCACUUCAGUCUUGAACUCGAUCGAGCAAUAGUCGGGCUGCCGGUUCAAGCGAACGAAAAUUCUCAGUGUGGAAAAAUCAAGUUCACAUCGAAUAAUAAACAGAAGGAGGCACGCGUGACCGUCCGUGGUGGAAUAGAACCAUCGUCUUCACUGUGCGUCCGCUGGUGAGAGUGUCAAUCCAGAGCCGCUAAAAUGUCCGAGCGAAAGGCUGUAAUCAAGAAUGCUGACAUGUCGGAGGAGAUGCAGCAGGAUGCUGUUGACUGUGCGACUCAAGCGCUUGAAAAAUAUAAUAUCGAAAAGGACAUUGCAGCCUUUAUCAAAAAAGAAUUUGAUAAAAAGUACAACCCAACGUGGCACUGCAUCGUAGGACGUAACUUUGGCAGCUACGUGACGCAUGAAACAAGACAUUUUAUCUAUUUCUACCUAGGUCAGGUAGCCAUCCUUCUCUUCAAGAGUGGAUAAACAGAAUUCUUAUUCUAUGUUCUACCAUCCUUUCUUCCUCCCUUCACACACGCUACAUGGAAUACCUUAAAAUCACGUCGCCGUCUGUAAGAGAAAUUACAUUUUGUAUACAAUGGAAAUUUGUUUUACAAGCGAAACUGCCGCUCCCAGUAAAAGAGUAAAAGUAUAUAUAUACACACACUAAAACACUCAUUGGUACUAUUGACUUGCUGUUUUACUUAUCACGGGAGAUAAGACAAUGACGAAAAAUUGUGUAGAGAAAUACAAAGAGAGAUAGGAGAGGUAAUUAGCCGAACGUAAAUGAAGGGGAAAACCAAUUUGACAUACGAUCUUACGCGCUAAGAUGUAUCGUGUAUGCCAGAAAGUUUGUUGUGUUCUUGUUUUAUAUUAGGUAUAUAUAUAUAGAAAUGAUGCGAGGUUGAGUUCAAUACUGGCGAUUACGAAAAAUUUAAAUAAAUUUUUAGUGUUCACACACUAUAAGUGCACCAUUUGAGUAUAUGUAACGUAUUUCAUACAAUUUAAUGUAUGGUUUUUAUUGUUUUAUGAUGCUUGAGAAAACAGAGGAGAAAAAGCAAAGAGUAAAACACAGUAUGUAUCUGAUAGUCGUCAAUAAUGAAUGUAAGCCAAACCCGAUGGAUUGCCUGCAAUUCGUUAUUUAAACGUGACUUGUAUAAAUUUCCCUUUUGUUCUGUGAUGCUGUACAAGAAAUUCGUUAACAUUCUUUCAAAUUCAUUAAUAUGUUUUUGACAUACUUGCGAAUUUAAAGAAGACCGAAGGGCUGAGGGAAGUUUAAUUAAUUAUAUACAGCGCGUCGUGUUACUUCGCAUUCGAGCAUAACAACUCUAUUUAAAUGAAUAUAAAACGCUGUACACGAUGUCGCAUAAUAUCGAUAAUCGAGUCAUAGUCAUAGU